UUGUCCGUCCUGUUGCCUCGCAGCCUCGGCCGCCGCCCGCGCCCCCGCUCCGGUCUGUGGUGUUAGCCGGGACCCAGGACCAUGUCGCUGUCACGCUCCGAGGAGAUGCACCGGCUCACGGAGAACGUCUACAAGACCAUCAUGGAGCAGUUCAACCCCAGCCUCCGCAACUUCAUCGCAAUGGGGAAGAACUACGAGAAAGCGCUUGCAGGUGUGACCUUCGCUGCCAAAGGCUACUUCGAUGCCCUGGUGAAGAUGGGGGAGCUGGCCAGUGAGAGCCAGGGCUCCAAGGAACUUGGAGAUGUCCUCUUCCAGAUGGCCGAGGUGCACAGGCAGAUCCAGAACCAGCUAGAAGAAAUGCUCAAGUCGUUUCACAAUGAGCUACUCACACAGCUGGAGCAGAAGGUGGAGCUGGACUCCCGGUACCUGAGUGCCGCACUGAAGAAAUACCAGACGGAGCAGAGGAGCAAAGGCGACGCGCUGGACAAGUGUCAGGCCGAGCUGAAGAAGCUCCGCAAGAAGAGCCAGGGGAGUAAGAACCCACAGAAGUACUCGGACAAGGAGCUGCAGUACAUUGAUGCCAUCAGCAACAAGCAGGGUGAGCUGGAGAGCUACGUAUCGGAUGGCUACAAGACGGCGCUCACCGAGGAGCGCCGGAGGUUCUGCUUCCUGGUGGAGAAGCAGUGUGCCGUGGCCAAGAACUCGGCUGCCUACCACAGCAAGGGCAAGGAGCUGCUGGCCCAGAAGCUUCCGCUGUGGCAGCAAGCCUGCGCCGACCCCAACAAGAUCCCCGAGCGCGCCGUGCAGCUCAUGCAGCAGAUCGCCAGCAGCAACGGCUCCGUCCUGCCCAGCGCCCUGUCGGCCUCCAAGUCCAACCUCAUCAUCUCAGACCCCAUCCCCGGAGCCAAGCCCCUGCCCGUGCCCCCGGAGCUGGCGCCGUUCGUGGGGCGGAUGUCUGCUCAGGAGAAUGUGCCCAUCCUGAACGGCGUCGCGGGCCCGGACAGCGAGGACUACAACCCCUGGGCCGACCGCAAGGCUGCCCAGCCCAAAUCCCUGUCUCCCCCGCAGCCUCAGGGCAAGCUGAGCGACUCGUACUCCAACACACUGCCCGUGCGCAAGAGCGUGACCCCGAAGAACAGCUACGCCACCACGGAGAACAAGACCCUGCCACGCUCGAGCUCCAUGGCGGCCGGCCUGGAGCGCAACGGCCGCAUGCGGGUCAAGGCCAUCUUUUCCCACGCGGCGGGUGACAACAGCACGCUGCUGAGCUUCAAGGAGGGCGACUUCAUCACUCUCCUGGUGCCCGAGGCCCGCGACGGCUGGCACUACGGCGAGAGCGAGAAGACCAAGAUGAGGGGUUGGUUUCCCUUCUCUUACACCCGGGUGCUGGACAGCGACGGCGGCGACAGGUUGCACAUGAGCCUGCAGCAGGGCAAGAGCAGCAGCACUGGCAACCUCCUGGACAAGGAUGACCUGGCCCUCCCCCCUCCCGACUACGGCACGUCCUCCCGGCCCUUCCCCACGCAGACCGCCGGCGCCUUCAAGCAGAGGCCCUACAGCGUGGCCGUGCCCGCCUUCUCCCAGGGGCUGGAUGACUACGGGGCGCGGUCUGUGAGCAGUGGCAGCGGCACGCUGGUGUCCACAGUGUGAGGAGGCCGAGCCCGCCGCCCCGAGGACCCCUCCCCCGCCCGCCUCCGUCGGUCCCCCUCCGCUCGCGUUGGUUUGUUCUCGGGUUUUCUCUCCCACCUGCUCCCGCCUUUUGGUUGGUGACCCCAGACUCUGUGAUCCCCCAGGGUCCAUGGUGCUGCUCCCUGCGCCCCCGCCCCCGUGCUCGAGCCGCCACCCGAGUGUCCCCGGCCCUGAGCGGGCCUUGCCCGGCGGGGGGCCCGCGGCCCGCCCCAGGUGUUCCCACCGCACACCCCUUUUCUAGGCUCUCCGUGAGCCAGGUCUGGAGUUUGAAGAAAACAAAAAAAUCCUUUAAAAAAAAAAAGGGAAAAAAACAAAACACGUCAGGGAAAGGACUUUUUUUUCCCUGGAAACAAAAAACAGAUAUGCAUGGACUCUGGUGUACGUACUGUUAUCCCGCAUCCCGCCCCGCCGCGGCUCUUCCGGAGCGGGGGCCCGGGCCCCUCCCAAGGGCUGCACCAAGAGAGGGGGCUUGCGCCAAGCUCGGGGGGCGCCUCCUGAGGAAGCGGGCCACUCCUGUGAGGGAGGCCCCCCCCCGCCCCGGCCCGGCCCCCCGCCGCCGGCACCGGGCCUCUCAGCAGACACUGCUGGCCAGGCACACCGAGCGGAGGGGCGCCCGUGGCGGGGGGGGGGGGGGGGGACCUCGCGCCCGGCGCCCGUGGGGGGGCGGGGACGGGCGCAGGCGCUGCCCGGCCACACGCAGACAUUCCAAAGACCUCCAGAGACGACCCGCCCCGCUUCUUUUUGGAGUUUGUUUCUGUAACCAGCUUCGCGAGGGCGUGGGGGCCGCCGUGGCCCUGGGCCGCGGGGGGGGGGCGUGGGGGGAGCCGGGCCCUGCGCCACGCUGAGCACGCGCGUGUUUUUGUGUGUCUUGGUGACUUUAGAAGCAAGCACACGGGACUCCGUGGCUACUGGUUCUGUCUCUUCACACACUGACUCCGGGCAGCCGAGGGGAGGCCCCGCCCCGCCCCGCCCCGGCGCGGCCGCGGGAGCCCCCGGUGAAGCGUGGACCCGCCCGCCUCUCCCCGGUGUGGUCCGCUAGCCUCCCCGCACCCCGCUGAGGACUAGAGCCGCUCAGGCACGCUCAGACCCCGUUUUAUAUUUAAGGAAAACACAGCCAGAACCUGGACCUGUGUAAGGAACCUUCCGCGUCGUUCUGACUUUGCUCACGAUUUUCAAUCCAGGGGAUUCCAUGUCAAUGGAUGAAUGUAGACACAAAUCAGCAACACUUGUAUGAAGAUGUAAAGUGCUGACACUAUUUUUUUUCCUUUUUCCUUUCCUUAUUUUUUUUAAAUCUGAAUUGUGCCCUGUACUGCAGUCACCUGUUUGAAUAAAAGUUUUAUUUAUUGCAUCGA